GGGAAUGAAGGGGAGAGGGGGAAAUUAAAGGCGCCACCACACUGGCGACCUAUGGCACCACCCCUGUCUGCGGAGCUGCGGGCUCAUGCAGCGGGCCGCCCCAGCAGCCAGGUCUAUGCGGUGGAGAGGGGGGCUCGCCUUGUCCCCUCCCCGUGGUGGGGGCGCCGCAGCUCCGGGGCGGGCGGCUGCGCGUAGGCUGUGCUGGGAGGGUGCCGGGCCGCCCAGAAUUCCGCGACACGCGCUAGCGCUGCACCCCGCGCGCCGGGAGCCAGCAGCACGAGGCCCACCAGUGCCCAAGCCACACGCGUCUCGCGGGACGGAGCACCCACCGGAAGGCCCGAGGCGGAAGCAAUCGCUUCCGGGGCAAAGGGGCCGCGGCAAGAUGGCGUCUCCCAUGGAGCUGAGCUGCUGGGGAGGAGACUGGGGGCUGCCGUCCGUGCACAGGGAGUCCUUGAUUGUCAUGGCUUAUGCCAGUUUUUCUGGUGCGCCAGUGAAAGUGAAUGCUAUUGAUAACUCAUGGAGAGCUCCAAAAGGAGAUGUGCCAGUGUUGAUAUCAGAAGAGACAGUUAUUACUCAGCCAGCAAAAAUACUAAACUUCCUAAGAAAACAGAAAUACAAUGCUGAUUAUGAACUAUCUGCAAAACAAGGAGCUGACACACUGGCCUACAUUGCACUACUUGAAGAAAAACUGCUUCCUGCUGUGCUGCACACAUUCUGGGUCGAGGCUGAAAAUUACUGUACUGUGACAAAGCCGUGGUUUGCUUCAAGGAUUCCAUUUCCAUUGAGUUUAUAUCUACCUGGGAAGAUGUCCAGGGAAGCACUUAACAGGAUCCUGCUGAUGAGGGGAGAGCCUCCACUAUACAGUUUGAGUGAAGUAGAAGCACAGAUAUACAGAGAUGCCAAGGAGUGCCUAAAUCUUCUAUCAAACAGAUUGGGAACAUCUCAGUUUUUCUUUGGAAAUAUGCCUACAACCUUAGAUGCCUUUGUAUUUGGUUUUCUUGCACCUCUUUAUAAAGUGCGCUUCCCUAGAGUCCAAUUACAAGAGCACUUGAAACAGCUUUCCAACCUGUGUCGCUUCUGUGAUGACAUCCUGAGUGGCUACUUUAGACUUAAUGUUACAGGCGUCUCUCCGUCUGGACAGGAUACCGUAGAUGCAAAUCUACAGAAACUCACACAGCUUGUAAAUAAGGAAUCCAACUUGAUUGAAAAGAUGGACGAUAACCUUCGUAAGAGUCCUCAACAUCCCCCUCGGAAGCUGACAACACUCAAACUUACUGCAACAGGAGAUGAAAGCAGUUCAUUGAAUCGCUUGUCGCCCUGACAGCCUGUGUUGCCAUGUAUGUGUGUUUGCCUUCAAGUAAUCUGAACUUCACAGUAAUUCUUUACAUAAAUGUGGUCUGACAAGGGGAUGAAUCACCUAAUAUGGUAUAAAACAUCCCAUGCUGUCUGUUCCUACAGGAAAAUUUAUAGUCUAGUGAACUAACACUAAGUUGAGGAUAGAGUGAAUCCUUAAACAAUGUACUGUAUGAAAUUGCCUUAACUUCUGGAGAUUUCUGCCUUUUAGGCUAGCACAUUUGUUGACUAAGAUUUCAUUUUACUUUUAAGAUUUUUGGUUUUACUGUAACCAUGUUAUAGCUUGAUCAGGUUGCUAUACACUAGUGUAGCUACUUAAUCACCACUUCUUGCAUUUUUCUAGAUUUUAGCAGACUACCAAAUUCAGUUCUAAAAUGGGAAAGCAAUGAAAGAUUAUCUUUGAUGGCAGACAAGAACUGAAUAGCAAUGAGGGAUGCUGGCCAUUUGUUAAUGUGCUUUCACAAAUAAUGUAUUGUGUAUGUAUUAUAUUUUAAGAGUAUGUAUUUUUUAAAAGUCACAUUGCACUGCUAGGAGGCACAGUGACCAAAUGUACUAAACAUCACUUCUGAACCUUUAUUGAGAUCUGGCCUUAGUCAAAUAAGUUUCAUCAGCCUGCUGGAUAGCCAUGCUACAAAAUCAUAGCACAAACUAUAAUAUAGAAAGAUUGCCAGUGUUGGUUCAACAAAGGCAAAAGACCAGACUAGCUGGUCUGGACUGAAGUGCAUUGGUUAGGGUUGUGAGAAGAGGCUUGCACAGGCCUUUCUACUUUAUACUGCUGGCCAGUCUCUAACCAGUCAUCAGUGUCUCACUUUUAUAAGCACUAUCAUUCACCCAAAAACUAAAACAAAAGCCAUCUAAUCUUAUUCCUUGAUCAUCAAGUGCUUGGGAGUGUCGCAUUGCAAAAUCUUCAUUGAAUUGUUAAAGGAGAUGCACAUGUAAUUAUGUUUCCUCUUAGCAGCACUGUCAGUUCUAGAAAUCUAAAUAAUUCUGAAAUUUUGGUAUGUUGACAGAUGCUUUAUUAAUGAUAUCAUCAGAUUACUAAAGAUGCUCAGCCAAAAGGGAGCUGCUUUUUGUCAAGUGUUAAUUCAAUAUUUCAUCUUAGAGAGCGAUGAUGCAGACGAGUAUAUGUGCAAGAUUACUACUAACUUUAUUUGACAAGUCAAACUAAGAAGUCUCUUGACAUUUUUUCUCUCAACUUUUCCAACGUUCAGUAUAUGUAGAUAAACUAUUUAUACAGACAAGACUGUGGAUUGUGUAAAUACUGUACUUUAUCAGCAAGGAAUGUAAUCUUAACUUUAACAUAUCUUGUUAUUUAUAAUAAAAUGUGUCUCCAGUGGACACAUGGAAAUAAACUUUGUUACAUGCUACUUCUAGAAUGUUUUAGCAAUUUGAGACAUACUGAAACCACACACAAUAAUUGAAUAAAAUAACUUUCAUGUA